AUGGAAGACAUCUCUGCUGAAACCGUCGCAAAGACGUUCGUGGACGGAUGGAUCGCAUUAUUUGGAGUCCCAUCCACCAUCACCACAGAUCGAGGAACUCAGUUUGAAUCAUAUCUGUUUGAAAAUGUCACACGACUUUUAGGGACGAACCGUAUUAGAACGACCGCCUACCACCCUCAGUCAAAUGACAUGGCAGAACGUUUACACCGACAACUAAAGGCUGCUUCAAUCGCUCACAGUGACCCAUCUCGUGGGUCGGAUGUGUUACCAGAGCAGGUUUUUUAG